AGAAGAUCGAACUGAUAUUAGUAUCAGUUAAAAAAAAAUGGAACGGAGUUUUAUAUUAUUUUAUAUUUGGGAUCACAAUUCAUUCUAAUCUAAACAAUUAUUCUCCGAAAGCGACAUUAAGUGGGAUGGAAUUAAUGAUGCAAAUCACAGACAGUCACUGGAACUUCUCAAAAAUAUUGGUAAAUAUCGGUUUAACGUAUAUUAAUUUGGUUGCUCAGUGAUUGAUUAUUAUAUAUUUAUACAUAAUAUUAUGUCAUAAUGAAAAAAAGGCGAAAUGGACUGGCAGUAAAGUAUUAAGAAGAGCUCCUCCAUUGACGUAAUAAAACCAUUCAUUUUCAACCAAGUAGUAUGGUAACGCCAACUGCGUUCGGAGUAUAGGCCUCUUGCCCCAAAUAUAUCCACGUUGAUCGGUCCUGAGCUUUCCGCUUCCAGCAGCUUCCCGCGACCUUCCAUAGAUCGGCGGUUCACCUGGUCUACACAUUGAGUCACACUGAACUAUGUGUGUUUUCCACACUUUUUAAGGUAGUUCAAAUGUGAGGGUAUUCUAUUGUUGUAAUAUAUGUAGCACUCGUAGGACAAAUAACGGGUAGGUAUACUUAUUCUUUGUCAUACUGUAAGAUAUUUGUACGGGAAUUUCUCGUGUUUUUACACAUUGAACUUUUUUUUUAUAUGUUUGUUGGUAACUGUAAACAAAUCAUGUUUAAAAAUGCUUCAUUUAACUAAGGUUCAAGCAACUUAUUGUAACUACUUGUAUCAAAUACAAUUAUAGUAAAAACUUAUUAUAUUAAUAUUUUUUUAAUAUCGUUGUAAUGUAACAAAACAAACAAAUUAUGUGUUUUAAAGAUAUAGUUAAGGAAUAUUUAGGAAUACUUACCUAUCUGAAUUUACCAGCGACUUUGUUCGUGAGUGUCGCAAAAUACAUGAAAGAGCCGAACUCAACUUUCAUGUCGGUUGUUCAGAAAAGAUCCUUUUUCCAAUAUUUCUUAGAAUUCUACGCGUGAGCCGAUGUUGUGUAACUAACAUUUACAUGGUUUAAAUAUUUUGCAAGGUUAUAUAACACCAUAGUAAACUAGCUCAUAAAUGCCACGGAAAUCACGUUAUUUUUGCGUGGCGGAUUUAUCCGACAUUUUUCCUUUUCUAAAUGCUGUUGUUUAUAAGUAGUUUACGAUUCUCAUAUUUUGGUUGUUAGUCAGGCACAUUCAUAUACUCCUAGGUCAGGCCUGUAUUGAUAAGCUGAUGUAGUCAAGUCUUGAUUGGACUGGAUUAACAAUGAUAUAAAAAAUAAUCAUUAGUCAUGUGCGUGAUAAUUUCAUAGCGCUUCAAUCACACAUAAGGUACACACUGUAACAUACAAAAUCAUUUACAACAUUUUGAGUUCUAACUUGUAUUUUGAAAUGGUUUUAUUUAGACACAGCUAUUUUAAGAUUUUCGAAAUAAAUCACAAUAUCCGUAUCUUAAAAAUAUCGGAAGUAGGUAAUUAUUUUUCUAUUUCUUACUACUAGAAUGAAAAAAAUAUGAUUGCUAUUGUUAUUUUAAGAACAGAAUACUGUUUAUACAUGAUAUUUACCGUAGUCUAUAAAUUAUUAAUUUAAAAUUAAAAUGGCAGUUUUCAUGCAUAAACACAAAAGCGUAAAACUCAGUAUUUUUUUCAUUUACAAUUAGAUUGAUAAAUAGUUAGAAAGUAGAUAUAACCAAUGUUGAGUAGUAGACAAUGAUAAGAUUUGAUGAGACUCUCAUAGUCUCAUCUAAUAAUAAUAAUCUAGAAGCAGAAAAAAUGUGUCUCCUUAUCACUUUAUAUUUUACACAAUAGUUUACUUAUCAGUGACAAGAUACAGUUAUACGCUGAAUACAGUUCAGUCUUCUUCAUUAACUUCACAAUCGGUUAAUUCAAAAAGUUUUAUCAUUUCUAAGCCUAAUUGAUGAACUCCUAUUCGUAAAUUAUAAUUACAUUUCUGCAUUAUGAAGAAGCUUCAAUAAUAAAGUUUUUUUUUAUUUUUAUACAUCGUAAGUACCUACUACAAUAACAGAAAAAAAAUUGGAAUGUCGGUACGCUCUAAAUAUUUUAGGUCUGCAGCAAAGUCAGUCAUUUGAUGAAGUGAUAAUUUUACGACUAAGAGUCAGCAUCAAAAUUGUUCAGAAAGAAUAAAUAAAGAAGAAUUACUUAUCUGUUAUUUACUCGACGUCUGUUCCCACUGUAAAAAAACAUAUAAAAGUAUUUAAGUGUAUCUAUUUUGACCACCAGGUGGUCUUUGCACUAUUUUCUUUAGCUUUUUUAUUCAUUCUUCUGUAUUCAAGCAUGAAAUGUCAACGGUAUCGUGUUGUGUAGCCAAAGUAAAACAAUAAUUUUCAACUAACAAAAAAAACGGAGGACGUUAUUAAUUUGACGCGUAUAUUUUUUAUUAAUCAUUACGCAUAACUUUACAGAAUAGUUCGAUUUUUAAUUCUUUUUUUUUUGAAAAGGGUAAACUUCGAAUAUAAAAUAAAAAUAGGUUCCUGUGGGACUCUCAAAUAAAGAAAGUUAUCACGGACAAAGUCGCGGGUGCCCGUGUUGCCAAUAAAUUGUUACAUGAUUGUUACACAGUUAGUUAUUUUUUAUUAAUUCAUAGACGAAACUCAGGCAAUGUUCGUGAUUGACGUAUGAGCUGACGAAUGUGUCUUUGAAACCGCAAUCUCUAUGAUCACAGUAUUCCGUGUGUAUUCCCUACAUCGUAUUACGUAGCACGGUACGCACAUAGCAGAAUUUCCGAGAUAAAGACAAAACAAGGAUACUAUGCUGUAGAAGGAGGAAGGACGCACCUACAUAAUCUAAAGGCAAACGUGGUCAAUAGAGACCGAAUGUUCAGUCUUUUGCAGUCCCUUGUGGUUACAAGUAGGGAAUACAUAGAUAUAAACAAAAGUUUACAAUAAAAUCUGAUACUUCUUGAACUACUAGUGAGCUGUGUGGUCAUGUUGUGAGAGAGAGAGAGUGAAUAGUGCAGAGAAAAAGGAUUAAAAACACAAGUCUACGGAAUAACAAAAGGUGAGAAAAAAUACGGAAUGGUUUUUUCAUUUCCUUUUCGAACUUAAUUUAGUGAAAAACGAAAGACGUCGAAUGCGCCUUUUGAAUUUUUUUCUGUUAACAGAUUACGUUUUUUUUCUUAUGCGACUGCUAUGGGUAUAACGAGUAUGUUUUAUGAUGGCGACAUCAAAUUUAUCUUAAAUACCAGUUGCCCGCCCUCGCUUCGCUUCGGUAUAGAGCUAUAGUGUAGGUAGACUAUAGUUUUUGUUCUCAGGCUUGUAUAAUAAUCAGUGGCGGCGCUAGGCGUCGGCGACGUCGGCCACCGCCGACGGCCUCGCGCCUGAGGGGGCCUCGCAAAAAGUUUGUACAAGUUACCUAUUUAUUUUCGUUUCUCCUGGCCUGGCUUAAGUAGCCGACCCCGAACAAUUCGGGGAAAAAGCUAAGCAGAUGAUAAUGACUUUUAUUAUUUUCGAACAUGUGCGUGAUGGAAGCGAGUAGUACUUUACGGGUAUUCAGAAUCGUCUGUCUGGCAACACUAUUUUUGUAAUUAAAUUUCUAUUUUUUUAAUUACUUUUUGUCAUCAUUUGAUUAUCAACAAUAAAACUCGUUUACUCAUACGUUAUUUUAUAAUUUGGCUCACUUAAUUUAACGGUUUUUUACUGCGAAGUAAAAUAGGCCUCGCGAACUUGAUGUCGCCGACGUCCACAUGUGGUCUAGCGCCGCCACUGAUUAUAACGAACUUCUUCAUAUAAACCGUCCGUGAAAAAAUUAUUUAACUGAUAGUGAACAUUUUGUUGCCUAGUUUAGGACCCGUUGUACCGAUAUGCACCAUUGCUCUGCUGUUAAAAAAAACUUGUCCGCCUUACCAUUGGUUCAUGCCCUUCUUCAAAGUGAUGGAUCACUUUUAUCAUUCAUGAUAACUUUUAAAUGGUAUGAAACUAGGGAAUGGUCUCAUCCAAAAAGUAAUUGAUACUAUUUAAUUCAAGACUAUAUUUGGUACCUUUCUGAUAAAGUCUUGAAUGAGAAGUGAUUUAUUUAGAUAAGAAUUAAUACAUGGUACGAAUAAGGUGACCGAGUUUGUAACGGCGUUACUAUUACAUAUUUUAACACGAAGAAUACUUAAUAAUGUCAUAAAUUACUAAUAUCAUCGAAACACUUACUAAUAUCAUAAAGCUGGAGAGUUUGUUUUUUUGCAUAAACAAGCUAAUCUCAAAAAAUAGUGGUCCAAUUAGUAAAUUUAUUUUUGUGUUGGAUAGUACAUUUGUCGGGGAAGGCUAUAUAUCAUUGCGCCAAGCUUAUGUUUAUCAAGGAUAACGUAGGAUUCUAAAUGUGAAUGAUUUUUUCAAAUCCGUCCAGUAGCCUAUUCAAUACAAGUAAACAAACAAUCAAAUCUUUCCUCUUUAUAAUAUAAUAAAAAGGAAUAUACAGAUGACCUUAUUUUAAAAUUCUGUACUUAUAAAUAUUAUAAGUACACAGGGAGACACUUUCUAGAAUUCUAAAUUGUUCAUUUUCUGAUAAAGCUUGGAAGCAGGCCUCUCUCCCUCUCCUCUCGUUCCGGAGGACUAGGUACCCGUCACAUUUCACACAUUGCCCUUCCCGCUUUUUUGUCUUCUGCACAUGGUACAGCCGAGCUCUUUAAUAAAAUACUACGUCCUUCUUUAGGCGUAGCGAAGCUGGCUCACCUUGCAGAGGCCAGGAAUGCUUGGUGUGGGGCAUGCCCGGAAGUCGAUCCACCAUCCUCCUUAUCUUCGCAGAGGCAAUAGGACGAGCCACUCUGUCUGCGUCUUCAGAGUGACCUUUUAGCUUCUUCUGAAAACGCAGCGGAGCGUGCUUGCCUUCUAGAGGUCUUUCAGGCACAGUCUGGUUAUUGGUUGCAAGCUCUUCCUUCAGCCAAUAUUUGGACUUUGCCUGAGAGGAGCACUCUGUCUCUUGCCGUUUCACUUAGACUUGGCGUCAGGACCAAUCACCCCCAUCGCUGUCGUUGCGGUACUCGCGUCGGUGAGUUGGGACACCAUGGUCUCUCAUGCAAAAUGAGCGCUGGUCGAGUCUCCCGCUACGCCUGCAUUAAUGACUUCAUCGGUAGAGCUCUUGUCGCAAUGUGUCAGCUGUCCUAGAGCCUAGCGACAUCUUUAGAGACGAUGGGAAGAGACGUCGGAAGUGGAAGCAGGGUCGUCCUCUUGUAUGGGACGCAACUUGCGCGGAUACGCUUGCUCCGUGCCAUACAGGAAGUACCUCUUUUGUUGCGGGCGCGGCGGCCUCUGCUGAGUGCUCCAAGCGGCGGCGCAAAUAUUCAGCUUUCAAUGAGAACUACAUAUUUGUGCCGUUUGGCGUUGAGACUCCAUAGUAUAGACCAAGGGGUCCGAGCGCCCGUUCCUUUUUUAAGGAAUUGUCUAAGGCCCGUAUUACAGAAUGAAAACUAAGUGUUGAUCUUUACUUGAAUACAGUUAGAAAGGGAUGUCGCAUCACUGAGAAUCUUUCUAUAAUACGGGCCUUAGAGACUCACCGAGGUGACUGGUGAUCAAAAGGCUGGCAGCUACCUUGGUCAACGGGUUAGCCUUGCUAUCCAACGUGGAAAUGCUGCCAGCCUGUUGGGCACCAUUCCUGACGUCAGCGCGGGGGGUAUUUUGUAGGUUGUAUAUUAUUUAAGUGUUAAUUCUCUUUAAGUUUUUAGACUAUAAUUAGUUUUUAAGCUUUUGUAAUUUAAAUUUUAAUAUGUAAAUAUAAUGAACAAAUCAGAUCCGGGAUCCUUUUUAUAAUUAAGUACAGAUGACCUAAUUUUAUAUGCUCCAAAAAUUUUAUUACACAAAUUUAGGCGUGUGUUUGUGAUGUGAUGUGGUGGCAUCGCGUUUCAUAGGUCUGUUUCUGCCUUUAUUUGAUAAUAAUUGUGUUUUAAAUAAAGAGUGUCUGAUAAAGAAUUCUUUAAACUGUUUCAAAAAGAUUUAGGUUAUAAUGACAAAAGAAAGUAAAUUUUACGUUGCUCCUUGCCUGGAAAAAUAUAUUGUAUUGAGAUAAAAGAAGAAGCAAGCAAGAAAUCUGCCUCACGGGAAACUUGAUUUUGCACAAAUUUCCUUUUAGAUAUUUCACGGUAGAUAUGGCCUCAGCGUCGCGGCAUUGUUUCCCCAGCGUAUCUAUCACACUCAGCGACAAUUUUACCGGUCUAACGAAUUUCAUUAGUAACUUUUCUCUUUGAGUUCCCUCAAGUAAAUAAUACCAAUACAUGAUAUAGUUUCACGAAGAUAGAAGUCGAUUAAUUCAAAGAUACGAGUAAUCAUAACAACUUCACCAAUCACGUUAGGUCUAUAUUUGAUUGAUUUUAAUCAACAAGUGUUUUAUAUUAAAAGAGGAAGUAUGUAUUCGCACACAUCUCUCUUGGAUAAUGAUUUAAUGCGAGCGAUAAUUGCGAUCGACAGUAAAAAUCUCCUAAUGGUUGUAGCAAAGCAUCUUAUCAAAUUAGAUUAUCUACUUAUAAACCAGUGCCUUUGAUAUUGUCUUUCAGUGCAAUGAAUGAAGUCUAAAUAGAGUUUCGACACGGAGUGCGACAGUUACGUUAUAAAUCGCAAAAGAAAAAUGAUUUUUUAAUUGAACUCAGUUGACAUUUAGUGAAAUUUUAUUAUUCCGAAAUAACUAAGAGGCUGUACACACCCAUCUCAGUGAAGAUGGACCGAGCCAGCCACGUCAUGUUGGUUGUAGCGGUGUCAAUCUUAUUUUUUGCUACUUGCGUCACGUCACUGGAGCGUUUCAAUGUCACGGAUGUUUCCAAGUUCCGGCAAAUCGUCAAUAGGCAUGGUGAAACUGUGCUGAUCGAAGAGGACCUCAUGAAAAGAUUGGACGAAGAGCUGUCGACCUGGCACUGGAAACCCUGGCUACGGACACUGACGCAGGAACAAGAUGGCGUCCUGCAAAAAGUGGACUGCUUUGCCGAGGCCUCCAUCGAAAGUUUCCCCGAUGGCUUCUUCACGGAUGAACAAUUGCGAAGUGGCGCUUUCUUGUGUUAUUUGAUGUUUGGAAUAUACGCUUUUACGUUGCUGGCAAUAGUUUGCAAUGACUAUUUCCUUCCUUGUGUGGAGUUGAUAUGCGAAGAUUUGAAAAUACCACAGAAUGUAGCAGCAGCGACGUUUAUGUCGGUGGCCACAUCAUGCCCAGAGUUCUUUGUGAACGUGUUCUCAACGUUUCUAACAGAGUCUGAUAUGGGUAUUGGAACGAUAGUUGGUUCGGGCAUCUUUAACGCCCUUGGUGUCGCCGCUAUAGGAGGCUUGGCUGCUAUGCAACCAAUCGUUAUCGAAGCGAGACCUGUUACCAGGGAUGUCAUCAUCUACAUGGUCAACGUCAGUGUGUUGUUCAUCAUCGUAUGGGACGGUCAGGUGGACUGGCAGGAGGCCACCGUUCUUGGGGCCCUCUAUAUUCUCUACUUUAUUAUCAUGUUCAAUAGCGUGAGGAUUUUCAAAUUAUUUGACAAGAUCGUUGCGUCAUGCUGCAAAAAUAAGAACAGCUUGGAAGUUACUGAGCUAGCGAACGAUAAAAGCAUCGAAGAGGGCAUUGAUAACAAGGCGUUUAGUGAAUCAACUACCAAUAUUGCAGGAUCUAAUGGCAUCGCAGAGAAAUCGGUCAUUGCUCAAGAUGAAGACGAGUCUCCAACGAAGCCAAAGAAGAGUUUGUUCAGAUUUCCAAAAGAGAAAUCGUUGGUGUAUCGAUUUUGGUGGGUGUACACAUGGCCUUUGAAGGCUAUUAUGACCGUGACGAUUCCUCAGCCUAACAGCUGCAGAAAGUUAUACCCUCUGUCCUUCAUGAUGUGUAUAGUGUGGAUCGGAGUCAAUUCUUACUUUGUGUCAUGGAGCAUGACAGUUUUAGGGCACACAUUCUUUAUUCCCGAUUCUGUUAUGGGGAUGACGUUUCUGGCGUUUGGUGGAUGUCUACCCGAGGCUGUGUCCAUUUUCAUCAUGUCACGUCGAGGUGAAGGAGGUAUUGGAGUCUCAAACGCUUUGGGAGCGAACUCGUUAGCAAUCUUGUUUGCUUUAGGGGUGCCCUGGCUCAUCAAGACUUUGACGUUAGUCGCCAGAGGCGAGGAGCAGACUGCAGUGCUGAUCAACUCGGCUGGUAUAGAUUUCGUAGUUGGCUCUCUCCUAGUCGCGGUCUGUUGUCUCUGGCUGACGUUAUUUAUCGGCAAGUUCAAACUCAGGAGAAGCGUCGGUAUAGUGCUGGUAGUACUUUACGUAGUCUUCAUCACGUUCGCUAUCCUUGUCGAGACGGGUGUCGUCCUAGGGUCUGAUUCAAGGUGCCCAAUCUGAUGAGAAUUAACCAAAAUUGCCUGUGAUAUGAUUAUUGACAAGAUUUGUAAAAUCUUAUCAAACCCUUGCUACCCUUUGUAAAAUGUAUAAACUAUUGGGGUAGGUGUCGUAAGGAAAAUAUUAAGUAUGCGUUGCAGAUUGUAGGUACUGAUACAAUAUUUUUAGUGAGAUACAUAAAAUAAUAGUCAGCAUUUCUGAUCAACUGAUACUUUAAAAUAGCUGAUACCUGAUGUCGCAGUUUCGAUAGAAAAGCGAGGAUGAUUUAAGUGAUAUUAUAUCUGAUUCAGCUAUACGAUUUAUUUUACCUUACUUUUUCAUACAAAUUACUGAGUGACAACGUACUUACACAAAUGAAAAUUGUUCAAGAUCUAUCCGAUAAUGUGCUAAUUAUUGUAAUCACGUCUACGUGUGAUUAUAUUAAAGUUAAGUCAUGAGGCAAAAUCAUGGGAAAAUACAUCAUACAUGUAUAUAUAAUGAUUUCACUUUAGUGUAACUGCGGUGUUGCAACACAUUUUGUAUUAUACCUAAAAUGUAGACCAAAAACAUAUUAUUUAAGUAUGUUACGAGUGAAGAGAAUCACUAUAUUAUCAUAAACAGUAUUAACGAUAAAUUUAAUAUAGACCAGACAAAAUUAUCAAAUACUAUUAAGCGUUAUUAAUGGAGAUGUGUCAGUAUUAUAUUUUUGUAAUACGAUGAUAUCGGAUAAUUUUCGAGGCUAUAGGCUGAUUGCCAUUCUAUAAAAUGUAUUAUUGACUAUUAAUUAAGAUUAGGUAUUGGAAUAACAAAGACAAAUGAUUUGAUGUAUGUAGGUACUUAAUAUUAGAUAUAUUUGCAACUGAUAGUUGUUUUAGUAGGUUGAGGAAAAGUUACCUUUUUCUUAAAUAAGAUACGAUAAAAACGUUAACUCGCCUUAUAUAUGGUGCUAUGAUUUCGUCUGUAUAAAUGUGAUAAUCUUUGAAGUGCUGAUAAUGACAAGCAUGUGUACGAUAUUUGCGCGGCAAUCAAAUACAUUUUGUAAUGGUGGCAAGAAAAUAUUGAUAUAGUUAGAUUAGAUCUGAUAGUGUGUGUACUUUUAAAAGAAGGGCAUAGCUUUGACGUUUGUCAACGGGGUAAUUUGAAGUGGUAUCCAUUGUAAACUUCUAAGGGAUUUUUCUCAACAAGUGAUGUAGAUGAACUUAAUUCAAAUUCUUAAUGUUAUUUUCGCCUGCAAUUGCAAACAAUUUAAGUCUGAUUGCCACUGAUCUCAUUACCCUUUAGUUGUUAAGAUUCUUAAAAAAUAAAUGGAAUUGAAUUUCAAAUCGUGUUAUCUGUUUGUGAGAAUAAAGGAUCUUUAGGAAAUUGUUUUCUAAGAUUUAAGGCACCGUACUUUCAUUACGUUUUAAAAGAAAUGAAGUACCCAGGUACUUCAUUUUUCAUAUUGUAAAAUAAUGAUGUACUUACAUUAAUCAAUUUAAUGACGAACUUUAUCAAUGCUGCAGUGGUGCUAGUAAUCAGAUAGGUAGCCAUUUUGAAAACUGUGGAUACUAUAAUUAGACUCUAGAUAAUUUUGUAUAUAGCGGAUAUUAUAUUCAUUGUUUUUUAUUAGCUUAACUUAAGGUACUAAACAUAAUAUUUUUUUACGUUGAAAUAAUAAUAAUGAUAUUUUCCCAGUUAAGUUUGUUUUAUUCCGUCUAAUAUAUCAAACUGUAUGACAUAUUUUACACGAAGAAGAAAUAUAAAAUUUAAUUUUUUUUAAAGUUAUUUAUCGAUUUUCAAAGUAAAACUGUUCAAGAAGUUAAAGGAGACUGGGCGAAAGUGACCCAAGAACCAAUACCUAUUCUGUUAUGGUAUUUAUGUAGGUACAUCAACUACCCUCACUUAAAUACAAAAGGGCAUCACAAUCUGACCCGGCAGAUUUGAGAUAAAACAUUAAAGAAUUACAAUAAUUACUUACUAAUGCAUAUCUACUACUACCAGAAAUAUACAGACUUUUGAAAUCAAAUACAAUCAAAAAAAGAUGAUAUAAACAUCUUAAGCAAAAAAAAAAAAAUAAAAAAAUAUGUAGUUAAUCCUAACGGUCACCCGCAUCUUCAUCCGCAUUCAGUUAAGUUUUCCCGAAAAUGCCUCAAAAACCGAACGCUUUUCCGGGAUAAGCCAUAAACUAUGUGCAUACCAAAUUUCAUCAAAAUCCGUUCAGUAGUUCUUGCGUGAUUGUAUAACAAGUAUACAAACAUAGUAACUCUCAUUUAUAAUAUUAGUAGAAUAUAGGUGUUAUUUUUCUCGAAACUACCGGACAAGAUUUUAACGCCCCUUUGUUAUGUGUGUUUGUUUAAGUAUAGUUGAUACAUAAUAAUCCAUAAAUCGACGAAAACGAUAUUUUAUUGGUAAAUAAAACGCGAUUAUUAAACUUAAUUUUAUUGAUAGUAAAACUGUGCAAAAUGUUUCAAACAAUUGUUAUAAUAAUAUGUUUACCCUCAUUCCGGUAAUUUACUUUAUUUCUUCCCAAUAAUAAUCCUGAUUAAAUUACAUUCAUCUUACUAAAUCAAUAACUUGAGUUUUUAUAAGAAAACCCAUUGUCAGCAAAUCUUUAGCAAUGGGUGACACAGGUAGAGUGGCAGGGGGUAGUAUGUGGGUUUAGGAUUUGAUUUGAAGGGUUUUAUUCGAGGUAAAUAAGGACUUAAUUACUAUAAAAGCACAAAAAAAUAUUUUGAAUAACUCAAUAUGUUUUAUUGGAUAAGUGGCCGAACGUUAGAGACCACUAAGGCUAACUUUAAACGUUUUUUUCCGCUUCUUAUUAUUAUUGAGCAAUAGCGAAUAUGCAUGCAAGCAAGCAAGCAAGUGAUAGCGAAUAUGCAUAUAAUUCCAAUAAUGCUCAGUCUAUAAACUCUGUUACUUUUGAAUUAUCCCUCCAUUAAUAUUAUUUAAUCAAAUUUUUCUUUGAGCAAGAAAUUAAUUACUGAAACGUGCGAAAAACUUCUGGGAAAUUCAUAUAUCUGUAACGCCACAGAGCGGUUUUGACGUAGUAAUACAUAACAACAAAUAAACAAGCACGCGCCAUUUUUACAGGAUAUGGCGAUAUGUAGUGCGCCUGCACCUAACCUAAUUUUGAGCAACGAGCAAAAAACCAAACAAGGUUAGACUGUGACGUCACACCAAUAGUUUAAAAUAGCGAGCGUUUAAAAUGCCUAUGCAAAAACAUUUUUUUACACAUUACACUAUUUUUUCAAGGGAGUAAACAAUGAAAUAAAUAUAUAAAAAUAAUCAUUCAUAUUCCCUAUUGGUCAGAUGUAUAGUGUAUCCUUCCUCUGCCCUCGAGAUGAGAGUAGUAGAAGACGGUUCGUAUAAUAGAGAAGGAAGUAGAAGAAACGAGAGAGGAAAUAGAGUGGGGACAGGGGCAAAAAAAGGUAGGUAGUAUACAUAUAAAACUUACGAGUACAUAUAUACCUUUAACUAAUUAAGGAAAUGUGUCUUGCAUAAUUGUGUUUCCUAGAUCUACAUAAGACCUUUACAGAUUGAUUUGUACAGUUCUAAACUUAGCUUAUUUAUUGGUAGAUUUACACAGCGUACACCUAAACCUGGAACUGGGCCGAGUGAUCUGGGUAGGGUAGGAUCGGGAACUAGGAAAUGAGCAAUUUUCAUAGCCCGUUAAUUAAGUAACAACACAACCCAAUAUUUGAAAACAGAAAAGGACAAGAAUUUCUUUGUUUAUUGAAAUUUCAAAGUUCACGCUGACAUUCAAACGAUUUGAAAAUAAUGCCACUCGUCUAUCAUGAAAAAAGAAGUAAAAUAUUUAUUUUCUCUUUACUCUACCGAUGUACAUGUCGGUUUUUAGGGUUCCGUAACUAAAGGCGGAACCCUGUUGCUGUCACUCUGUCCUUUGACUGAAUGGCUGUUCAUUUGUCACGUAGAUUGUAAACGGAUUGAGUUACAGAACUGAAAUUUUGGCAAUGCCCAAAGCCGAAUAAAUAUUUAGUUGAAAAUUCGAAAUUAAAAAAAAUAAAGGAGACGAAAUUAAUUGUUUUUUUUUUUACCCCAGCAUGUGAAGUGAAUGUGAUAUAUCAUUGUCUAGAGCUCUUUGAGCAGGAUAUCAUUAAAUUUUUUUAAUAACAAAGAAUUGGGGGCCAUGAAUGUGAUUUUUAGACAAUUUUGUAACGGGAGACAAUUGUUGUUUAGGGUCUAUCUCUAAACCGAAACUAGAUAAGAAUAUGAAAUGUUUUUAAAUGAUGGAGCAUCAUAUGCUUAAUUUAAUCACAAAUACUGAAAACGCUAAUUUAUAAUGUACUUUGUAAGGUGUGACGAAAACAAACAUAUGAUUUUUAUACUAAACCUUCUCCGAAAGUGCUUGAUUCUUGUUUUAAAAAUUAAGCAGAAAAUAAAUUACUAUUGUUCUCCUAAGCGGGCUGGAAAAGUGUAGGGAAAUCUAUUUCUAACGCGCUGAGCGGUGAGAAAACGUCUACGGAAAUUAAUUGUUAACGUGCUGUUUUUUUUAUUUAUGUUAAGAAAAUACCUAAGCAGUCCUUGAAAACCUAUUACAUGUGAAAUCAAGAAACCAAUAUAAAGCAAGCAGGCAAAAGUUUAGUAACUGUAACAUAAAUAAUAUAAAUUUAACUUUAAUAUGAAUUUCAAUGAAAUAAUUUGCCUUUUAUUUCCUCGCAGGUAUAGCAUAAAGCACAAUGUAUCCCUCGAAAGAAAGUGCUAUUCCCAAGUUAUGGUCCUUGACUACACCCUCGUUGGUAAUCGGUCACUUUCUCCUCUCGGUGAACAAUGUACUAUUCUUUUCGCGGUACGUUGCUAUGUUUAGUUAGGAAACGAACUAUUUCAUAAGUCAGUGAUAUUAGGUAGGUUCAAGACCAGGAUUAGGUACUUCAUUGUACGGAACCCUAAUUGAGUGAGGGCUCCUGCGCCGAGACAAGACUCCCCCUUUGGCCAGUUUUUAUUGCCUCUAAGGUCUCUAAACACUUAAUAAUAUUACAUCAAAGGCUUAAAAUUUAUCGGUGGAAACUAAAAAUGUCUUAUAUAUAACAACUAAACUUUUAUAAGGUCGGGGAAAAAGUCUUUUCGUUUCCCUCUGCGUCAUUGUGGCUCUAUGCGUAUUUUGUGUGUAUUCAAGUUUUACUUAAUUAAUUCCCACUUGCACCAAAGUUCUUAAAUCAAAAGCUAAUCAUGUUUAAGCCUUAUUCAAUGUAUCACUUCAAACUAUUGACAGAGAUAAAAAUGAUGUAUUAAACACGAUUAAACCUUAAUUUGAAUCAAGCGUUUUGGUGCAAUUGGCCCUAAAUCUCUUUGGUUGUUGUAUUUAUAUACUGCUGGUUACGACACCAAUAUAAAGGUGGAAUUAAACGAGUGACAUAAACGGAUUACUAAAUUAUAACAUUGUUUUGAGAGACCUUUAAACGACCAGAUCUCACAACAUGGGGUGGUCGAGAAGACAAAUUUACAUUUUAAUUUUGGUGUAGGGGAGGGAGCAACCAAUUUUCGGACGGCAUGGCGGACGUGAACUAGGCGAAUAAAAAUAAGAUUUUUACGUUAUUACUUAGCGAGGCGGCUGGUUAGAGGUCCUGGGUUCGAAUCUAGUGGGGCAAAUGUUUGUGUGAUGAAUACGAGCAUUUGUACUAAAUUCAUGGAUGUUU